AUGCAGGAAAUAAUCUUCCAUGCAUUUUUAAUCUGCAAGUUGCUAGUUGACUUACCUAGUUUAUAUCAUGCAGCAUCUGACAAGCGCAAGCCUAACAUUACUGUAGGGAACGAGGACAUGGAGUGCAGUGAGGAAUUUGAAGUGUAUGGUGAAGAGGUGCCCAAUGGCCAUGACGACAUCAAAGAGGACAAGGAUACCGAGUCCUUUGGUCAAGGGGAAGAGGAGCAAGAUGAUCGCGAAGGCUCCUUGCCACUGCCUGAUGCUUCACUGGGUGAUGCAUCUGAUGCAUCAGGAGCCACACCUGAUGCAUCAAUGAGUGCAAUGUCUGAUGCAUCAUCAUCAUACUCUAACUAUAACGAUGUCUCCGCACCAAUUCCCCAUUCAUAUUUACCAGUAUAUGUACCCCCUGUGACCACCAAUUCAGUUCCUAAUUCUUUUACUCCAGUGUAUACUGCCCCUCUCAUGUCCACUGAUGGGUUUACACUGUGGCAAGAUCUCAAUUGGAAUGAUCCAGUCUUCCAAAUGUCUCUGGCCUCUGCUGCUGCUUGGCUGCAGGAAAAUUUAUCACCAGUCUUGCCUCAUCCCAACCCACCCCAGCUCCCCAUCUUGCCUCAUCCUAACCCACCUCAGGGCAACAACAAAACCAUCCUCGAGCCCAAGGCCAUCCACAAGCUCAAGGUCGCCCCAAAACCCAAGGCCAUCCGCAAGCCCAAGGCCACCACCACCCCCAAUGAUCACACCACCUCCCAGCUACCUGUUGAUCUGACCAAGCCAUUCAAUAAACCGAUUACUAACCCACCCGGAGCUGAGUCUAGUUCACCAGGGGUUGCAGCUCCUGGUGGAAUUACCAACGACUCUAUGAACACACGUACAUCCAAGCGUGUCCCAGUUAAGUCCAGGCGUAACGAGCUGGUGGAUGCGAUUGGUACUGAGCCUUCCAUGAAACAGCCUGCGCAGAACGGGCCUGCGGGUGCUCAACAGAAGAAGCGGGCAAAGGUCUAG